GAGGGUGGCGCGACGUGCGAGUUGGAGAGACGACUAGUCGAACGAAUCGUGUCGUGGUAGUCUCAAGUCUCUUAUCCAAAGACGAGAGUCAACGGUGACUGCUCUGGUAUCUCCUGAGUGUCCAGUGUCGUUAAAUAUUAUACAAAGAACAUUUUAUCUACGGUUUUAGUCUCCUAGUGGUGGACGAACGCCGAGUAGUUUGUUAAUAUAGAAGUAGAGGUGACGUUGAUUUGAGGAAGAAAUCGCACCGGUUAAUCAUGAGCUGGCAGGAUUACAUUGACAAGCAGCUGCUCGCGUCGAGGUGCGUGACGAAAGCAGCAAUCGCCGGCCACGAUGGAAACCUGUGGGCGAAAUCGGACGGCUUUGAAGUAAGCAAAGAAGAGUUGGCAAAACUGGUCCAGGGUUUUGAUACCCAGGAAAUUCUUACAUCAUCAGGCGUGACUUUGGCCGGCAAUAGGUAUAUCUAUUUGUCUGGUACGGACCGCGUGAUAAGGGCAAAACUUGGAAAAGUUGGUGUCCACUGCAUGAAGACAUCACAAGCUGUAGUUGUUUCCCUAUACGAGGAUCCUAUUCAACCACAGCAAGCUGCUUCGGUAGUCGAAAAGUUGGGAGACUACCUCAUUACUUGUGGCUAUUAGUCUCCAGCGAUGUCGCAGUUCCGGUUCAUGUGUAUUUAUGAGCACGAGUACUGCAGGUGUGUACUCUGGUGGUUACCUCUAAAGGGCAUACAUGUUGUGUGUGUGUUUGGAGCUGCGACGACACGACAAAUAUCUAUAACUGAUCACCAGAAAAUUAAGAGGCUUCUAAAGGAGACUUGAAGCGAGAUUUGCGAUAGGAUUUUUAAUUUGGUUUUAUCAACUAAUUAAUUAUUAAUUAAGCAAAGGUUUUUAAAUGUCUAAAUAAUAUCUUAAAUAAAAUAAAAU